AUGACGAAAGAAAAGAAUGCCUCUGACUUAUAUCAGAGGAUCUCUCAGUUGGAGCAUAUCCUUAAGAGACCUGAUACAUAUAUUGGGUCUGUAGAAAUGCAGGAUUCUCUACAGUGGGUUUACGAUGAGGAAACUGACUGCAUGAUAGAAAAGCAAAUUAAUACUGUUCCUGGUUUAUUUAAGAUCUUUGAUGAAAUUUUGGUGAAUGCUGCUGAUAAUAAAGUUCGUGAUCCCUCCAUGAAGAAAAUAGAAGUGGUAAUUAACCGUGAAGAAAACAUGAUUGAGAUUAAAAACGAUGGAAAUGGUAUUCCAAUUCAAAUCCAUGAUAAGGAAGGUAUAUACAUUCCUGAGUUAAUUUUUGGUUACCUACUGACUUCUUCCAACUAUGAUGAUGAUGAGAAAAAGGUUACAGGUGGUAGAAACGGUUACGGUGCAAAAUUAUGCAAUAUAUUCUCAACUGAAUUUCAUCUAGAAACAGCUGAUCCAAAGACAGGACAGAAGUACUAUCAAAAGUGGGAAAAUAAUAUGAGCGUUUGUUAUCCUCCAAAGAUCACCUCUUACAAGAAGGGACCUUCAUAUACUAAGGUUUCUUUUAAACCAGACCUAAAGCGAUUUGGAAUGGAUGUCCUAGAUAAUGAUAUAAUUGGUGUCAUGCGAAGACGGGUGUACGAUAUCAAUGCGUCUGUACGUGGUGUCAAUGUCUACCUAAAUGGUGUUAACCUAAAGAUUAAAAGCUUCAAAAACUAUAUUGAACUUUAUAUGAGAUCACUAGUGAAGAAGAAAUUACUGCAGGAGGGCGCAACACCAGAAGAGCUUACUGAAAAAGCAAACAUAUCUUCUAUUGUGUAUGAAAGGGUUAAUGAUCGUUGGGAGGUAGGUUUUGCUGUGUCUGAAGUGUCUUUUCAGCAGGUGUCGUUUGUUAACUCUAUUGCAACUACUUUGGGAGGUACACAUGUCAAUUAUGUUACUGAUCAAAUUGUAAAGAAGGUGGCAGAAUCGCUUUCAAAGGAGAAGAAAAACAUUAAGCCGUUCCAAAUCAAAAACAACAUGUUCAUAUUUAUCAACUGCUUAAUUGAGAAUCCAGCCUUCACAUCUCAAACAAAAGAACAGCUGACUACAAGGAUUAAGGACUUUGGAUCUAAAUGUGAAAUCAGUAGCGAUUUUGUAAAGAAGAUUAUGAAAACAGAGCUAGCUACCAAGAUUUUUGAAAUUGUUAACGCCAAUGCCGCGAAAGUACUUAAGAAAACGGAUGGUUCGAGGAAAAACAGGAUAACGGACUACCCCAAGUUAGAAGACGCAAAUAAGGCAGGAACUAAAGACGGCUACAAAUGUACAUUAGUUUUGACUGAAGGUGACUCUGCUUUGUCGUUAGCUGUGGCUGGGUUGGCUGUUGUUGGUAGGGACUAUUACGGUUGUUAUCCUUUAAGAGGUAAAAUUUUAAACGUGAGAGACGCAACCAUAGACCAGGUCAGUAAAAACAAAGAAAUCCAGGCUAUUAAAAAAAUUAUGGGCCUUCAGCAUCAUAAAAAAUACAAGGAAGAAGACAUUAAACAUUUGAGAUAUGGGCAUGUCAUGAUCAUGACCGACCAAGAUCAUGAUGGGUCUCACAUCAAGGGUUUAUUAAUUAAUUUCUUUGAAAGUACUUUCCCUGGGUUGCUUGAUAUACCGGGUUUCUUGAUUGAAUUUAUCACUCCAAUUAUGAAAGUUACCAUUUUGAAGCCAAGAAGACAGGUAUUGCCAUUCUACAACAUUCCAGAUUAUGAUAAAUGGAGAGAAGAAGAGUCUUACAAGUAUACUUGGAAGACUAAAUAUUAUAAGGGGUUGGGAACUUCAACUCAGCAGGAGGCUCGGGAGUACUUCUCAGCAUUAGAUGUCCAUAUUAAAAAAUUCCAUGCUUUAGACGAAGGGGAUAGUAGUUUGAUUGAUUUAGCGUUCAAUAAAAGAAAGGCCGAUGAUAGGAAAGAAUGGCUAAAACAGUACCAGCCCGGCACCGUUUUAGAUCCCUACUUAACUGAAAUUCCAAUUUCGGACUUUAUUAACAAAGAAUUGAUCUUAUUUUCCCUAGCGGACAAUAUAAGAUCAAUUCCACAUUUGCUUGAUGGGUUUAAACCCUCUCAAAGAAAAGUUAUCUAUGGGUCCUUAAAAAAGAACUUGAUCAACUCUGAAAUUAAAGUACAAGGUCUUGCCUCUUAUGUGACCGGGCUUACUGCAUACCACCACAGUGAACAAUCCUUAGUGCAAACUAUUGUUAGUUUGGCACAAGACUUCGUCGGUGCCAAUAAUAUCUAUUUACUAAUGCCUAACGGUGCGUUUGGUACCAGAGCUGCUGGUGGUAAAGAUUGCGCUGCUCCAAGAUAUAUCUUCACUCAGUUGAAUAAACUAACAAAACAUAUUUUCAAUCCUCUAGAUAACAAAUUAUUAACAUACAUUGACGAUGAUGGUCAAACUGUUGAACCUCAGUGGUAUGUACCAAUUUUGCCUAUGGUAUUAGUUAAUGGUGCGGAGGGUAUUGGUACUGGUUGGAGUACUUCAAUUCCACCCUUCAACCCACUAGACAUCGUCAAAAACCUGAGAAACUUAAUGAAUGACAAAGAAGUAGAAGAUAUGGCUCCUUGGUUUAGGGGCUGGAAGGGCUCACUGGAAAAAAUUGACGCCCAGAGGUACAGAAUAUAUGGUAGGAUAGAACAAGUUGGAGAAAAUACUCUUGAAAUCACAGAACUACCAGCCAGAACGUGGACGGGUACGAUUAAGGAACAUCUAUUGCUGGGCCUUAGCGGUAAUGAAAAGGUAAAACCCUGGAUUAAGGAUAUGCAGGAGCAACACGGCGCCUCAAUAAAGUUUGUCGUCACAUUGUCCCCAGAAGAAAUGGAGAAGACUCGAAAGAUUGGGUUUUACGAACGAUUUAAGCUUGUCAGCACCAUUAAUCUGAGUAACAUGGUUCUAUUUGAUGCCCAGAGCAAGAUUAAGCAAUACACGGAUGUCAAGGACAUCCUAAUUGACUUCUAUUUUGUCCGACUAGAGUACUACCAGAAGAGAAAAGACUACAUUGUCCAGCAAUUAAGAUGGGAAAUGGAAAAACUUUCUUUCCAAGUCAAAUUCAUUAAAAUGAUCAUCGAUGGUGAUUUAGUGAUCAGCAAGAAAGCUCGAAAUGUUUUAAUGGAGGAGUUAGAACAGCUUGGCUUUCCUAGGUUCGAUUCAAAGGGUUGCCCUCAUUAUGAGAAGCUGGCUAGUGAGCAGGGUGCAGUGGAUUCAGAUAAUGAAAUUCAAGUGCCCGAAGUCGUAGAAGAAGAACUGGAAGAAGACCCCGAUGUCGUUAUAGGGUCAAAAGAUAAAUUUGGUACCUUCGAAUACUUGCUAAGUAUGCGAAUCUGGUCGCUAACGAAGGAAAAAUACGAAAAGUUGAUACAGGAGAAACAAGCAAAGGAGACAGAACUAGAAAAACUGCUGAAUAUGUCUGCAAAGGACCUGUGGAACGAUGAUUUAGACCAAUUCAUGAAGGAAUACGAUGAAUUUAUCAAAUAUGAUACAGAGGUGCGUGAAACUAUCACACCUGACGCAAGCAAUAAAGCCAGAGGCAAAAAGCGCAAAAAGGGCGACGAUGACGAAUACGACCCCAAAACCAAGAAGAAACCUGCCAAGGGCACCAAGAAAAUAAAAACUGAACCUGCAGUUGAAAGAAUCCUGAUUGAGCCAUCAGUAGUUGUUCCUUCAAAGAAACCGGCAAGAAUAAAGAGCGAGACUUCAUCUAGGUCUGCCUCAGCAGAAGAUACCACCCCUGCCCCAAUCCUUAAAAAGGAACAGUCGGCCAGCGCACCAGAGGAACCUACCACAGUUUUUGACGAGACCACAUCCGAUUCCAAUGACGCCCUAAGCAUCAUCUCCAAGUUUAAGAAGGCUUCCGCAAACUUUGACAACGCAACCGAAAGCGCAGCAGCAGCCGCAAACCCCACAAACCCACCUAAAUCCACUGAUAAAAAAUUAAAGACAUCCGCAGCAAACUCUAAAAAGAAAGCAAAACCAAGGAAAAAACCGGUCCUUGACGACAGCGAUCUAGACCUUGAAAUAGAUAUGGAACCCAUCCUUACAAAGGGUACUAGAGCCACCCGAAAUAAAUCAACAAAACCAUCAUAUACUGUAGAUCUAUCGGAUGACAGUUUUACAGAAGAAGGAAACGUAAGCGACAGUGAAAACGACCAAGAGGACCCGUUGUCAGAGCAAGAUUCUGACGCUUCAUUUGUGGAGGAAGAAUCAGAGUAG